AUGGCGACUGGCAUGGCUGGUGUCCGUCGCUUGCCUCUUGUUGUUAUUUUGGGUUCUACUGGGACAGGAAAAUCCAAACUAGCCAUCGAAAUAGGUAAAAGGCUUGGCGGAGAAAUCAUCAGCGCUGAUUCUAUGCAAGUUUACAAGGGUCUGGACAUCAUAACGAAUAAGGUAACUGCGGAGGAACAGUCGCAGUGCCCUCACCACAUGAUCGAUUUUGUGUCACCGCUGAAGGAAUUCUCUGUGGUAGAUUUCCGAAAUAUGGCUUUACCUUUGAUCGAAGACAUUAAAAGUAGGGGUAAAAUUCCGAUAGUUGUUGGUGGCACAAACUAUUACAUAGAAUCCGUGUUGUGGGAUAUACUGAUAGAUGAAGAUAGAAACGACAAUUCCUCAAGCGGUGAAGAACUUGUUGAACCGGAGGGCCAGGGUCCUUCAAAGAAAAUAAGAAAAAGAAAGCUUCUUGAAAGCACAGGCGUUUUAGGUUCUGCUACAAAAUAUAAUGAAGCAGUAGUAUCUCCAGGAGAGGCAUCCAAAGGAUCAAGGCGUUCCGAGGAAAGACCUGAACUUCAGUUUUGUAAUGAUGCCGGAGUAAGAGGAGAAGAUGAGCACAGUUGUAAGACAAGCCUUUAUGAUAAGCUUAGGGAGGUUGAUCCGGCCAUGGCAGACAGGAUACACCCAAGUGAUUCUCGGAAAGUUGCACGUAGUCUACAGAUCUUUGAACAACAUGGAAAACCACACAGCACAAUCAUACAAGAACAACAACAAAGACCUGGAGGCAAUGCAUAUGGUGGACCUCAGAGAUAUAAGGAUAUCUGUGUGUUUUGGCUGCAAUGCCAAAGAGACAUCCUGAAUGAGAGGUUAGAUAAAAGAGUCAGUGAAAUGCUGAAUAGAGGCUUGAUUAAAGAACUGUUGAAUUUUCAUAGAGAAUAUAAUUAUGUGUUAGCAGGAAAAAAUUCUGAAGCCAAAUACACUGAGGGUAUAUUUCAGUCCAUUGGAUUUAAGGAAUUUCAUAAUUUUCUCAUCAAACAGCAAGGCAAAGAUUUUGAUGAAAGCAAUGCAUCAGUUGAGGACAAAUCACUUCUUAAAACAGGUCUUGAGAACAUGAAGACAGUCACACGAAGAUAUGCCAAAAAGCAAAUGAUGUGGGUACGAAAUCGCUUCUUGGGGAGACCAGUUAGUUCUGCACCCGAUGUAUAUGGUCUAGAUGCAACAAAUCUUGCAGAUUGGAACAAUAGUGUCCUUCAAAAUGCACUAGACAUCUUAGAUAGAUUAAUGAAAGAUGAAAGACCAGUAAUUGAACCACUCCCAAGGGUGAUCAUUCAAGAAGAUCGACAUGCAAGACAUGUGUGUGAGAUUUGUGAAAAUCGUGUCAUUUUGGGUGAAGAGAACUGGAAGAAACAUUUGCAAUCUAAAUCACAUAAAUGGCAUAUGAAAAGGAAAGAUAGGGAAAAACAGCUCAAUGCUAUCAAAGAUCUAUAAUUAACUGAACAAUGAAUAAAAAUUGAAAAACUCUUUUUAAAAUUGAGGACAUAACAUCCCUAAGUAAUACCAAGCUUGUUAAAUAUCAGACAAGGGUGUUGAUUAAUUUGUUCUGUGCUGGGAAUCAUUUCUCUUACCCUUUUGUGUGAUUGACAAACAUGAAGGAAAUCUGUCAUCUUGGUCUGAUAGAAAAAUGAUCCCCUAUUCAUUAGCCAUUAAAAGAGAAGUCUGGCUGUAUCACUGUGUAAUUCCUCUUCCCUUUCUCAGAAAUGUAGUAGGGAUGUUUGUAACUAACUAGCAAUUGCUCAACAUAGACUGAUGGAUUUCAGUGCAAAAUUCUUAUUAACAUUUAACAUACAUGUACAGCAUGUGGUCAGCUGGGUUUUUUUUUAUUGACACAGGAACACAAGUUCACUGUACUUGCAUGGUGGUAUGCUGUUGUUUCACUUUUCUAGAACAAUUUGGCAAGCAUUAAUGCUUGAGGUUAUGGAUGAUUUUAAUCUUUUAAUCCUAUAACUCCCAGAAGUGAUCAGCAUGUAACUUCUCCCUACAACAUCCAUACAAUAUUCAGCAAACAGGUGAUAAGAAACCUUAAACUUAUCAGGUAGCAGUUGUCACCUUGAUCAAACACCAAAUUCUGGUAACUAACUUACAAAGAAGUGUGUUGCAGCCAGAGGGGAGAAUUAACAAUACAAUCUUGGAAGUUAUAAGGUUAAAGGAAUCCUUUCUAAGUUUUUUAUUUACUGUACACUCAACAACUGGCAUUGUGUUUUGGUUUAUAUUUUAACUUACCAUUGAAAAGUUAUGGGAAUUAUGGCAUCUCUGACACAAU